UAGCUUCUCUCUCUCUCUCGCUCUCGAUAGACUGACUUUUUUUACCUCUGAAAAUCUCGGUGUUGGAGAAAUGGCGUCGAAUCUCCUGAAAGCCCUAAUCAGAUCGCAGAUUCUUCCAUCUUCGAGGAGGAAUUUUAGUGUGGCUACCACUCAACUCGGCAUUCCAACAGACGAUCUAGUCGGAAAUCACACCGCCAAAUGGAUGCAGGAUAGAAGCAAGAAGUCACCAAUGGAACUGAUCAGUGAGGUUCCACCUAUCAAAGUUGAUGGAAGGAUUGCUGCUUGUGAAGGAGACACCAAUCCGGCCCUUGGUCAUCCAAUUGAGUUCAUAUGCCUCGACCUAGAUGAGCCUGCGAUUUGCAAGUACUGUGGCCUUCGUUACGUUCAAGAUCAUCAUCACUGAAGGCAAAUUCUGAAAGAGAAAUCGCUAGUCUCACUCGUUUGCUUAUUGCAUUUUCUAAGUUUGUGUAUCUUCAGCUAUUACUUAUAAUAAAGGAUUCAAUUGAAGUCGGGUAAGUUUGAAUCUUGUUUCAUCCUCACUUCAGCACUCAAGUCAUUUUGUAACAUUCAAUCAAGAUCUGAUAUCGCUAUAUUUUGCAUGCCACUGAGCUCAUAAAAGAGCUAUCUUUUCCAAGUUCCAA